ACCCGCACCAUCCAGUGCUGCUCUGAGAUGAGAGCAGGAGCAGAGGGUCUCCACACUCAGGACCUUGAGAUGCCGGGCUUGGACCAGAACUAGGGAGGGACCAGACUGGGGCUGUCCCUUUUUCAAGCUAAAGGGGAUGUACAUGCAGGUCACCUUGCCUGGUUCAGAGCUGAGCUGCCGUGACCCUCUUUCCCUUGCCCGGUGUGAGCUUCUGGAGGCCACUGAGGCAGAGCCAGAGGCGCCAGCUGCAGAGCUCCAGCCGGCGGCAGAAGCAGGGCAGUGGACAGUGGUGGAGGUAGAGCUGGCUCCAGCUCCGUCAAUACCACCCCCUCUAGCGCUGGAGCCAGCGUCCCCUCCAUCAGCAGUGUUGGAGCUGGAGCAAGGGCCCACGUCGGCUCCAGCAGGAGUGGGAGCUGCUGAGCUGGAGUCACCUGGACCAUCAUUUCUAGUGGGAAGUCCAUCUCCACCUGUGGCCAUUAAGGAGGGUGAGAAGAAGCCUAACUUCACGGCCUUCCCUCCUAAGCUGGUGGCGGAGCAGUUGACCGUGAUGGAUGCCAUGAGCAGCUGGGCUCUCAGGGCGGAGGGGCAGGCCUUCCCUCUGCCAUCAGUGCCCCAGACCUGAUCCGGACUCCUAUGACCUGGGCCCAAAUCCUGGCGCUCCCCCUUACCAACCGUACGACCUGGGCAACUUUCUGAACCCCCAAGGCUUUUCUGUCCACCUGCAGACCGUAGAGGUGGACACUAACAGGACCUGCUGCACAAAGUGGCUGUGCCGGCUCCAUGAGGUAGAAGAGACGGAAAGCUGCGCGGGGCCUGGCCCAUCAGUGGGGGAGGGGAACUCACUGUGUGCAGCCAGGUCACUGGUGACCCAACCGGCUGCUCAGGAGGCUCAACAGCCUCAGCAUUUAUUAGAGACCUGAUGUGUACUUCACUACAAGGGAGACAG